AUGGGCGAUCAGAAUAAACCAAAACCCAAAACAAUACCUAAAUGGCUGAACUUUGUCAUCGGAGGCACAAGUGGAAUGAUGUCGACCUGCUUCGUCCAACCGGCGGAUUUGGUGAAAACACGGAUGCAACUGAUGGGCCCGGCGGGGAAGAAGGUAUCCACGUUAGCAGUGGCCCGCGAGGUCGCUCGGAAGGAAGGGGUGCGUGGCUUCUACAGAGGGCUCACGGCCGCGCUGUUCCGACAAGCCACAUACACCACGGGCAGAAUGGGCUGCUUCAACUCUUUGUUGGAGUACUACAAGAGUACCUAUGGUGGAACUCCGAAUUUUGCAACUAAAAUCUGCUUGGGCAUGGUAGCUGGUGGCGUGGGCGCGUUCGCCGGCACUCCGGCUGAAGUGGCCCUCGUACGGAUGACGGCCGACGGACGUCUGCCCAAAGAACAGAGGAGGAAUUAUACGAACGUUUUCAAUGCCCUUGGAAGGAUCACAAGAGAAGAAGGUGUUACAGCGUUAUGGCGCGGCGCUGGGGCCACUAUAACCAGAGCUAUGGUGGUGAAUGCGGCUCAGCUCGGGACAUAUGCACAAGCUCGAGAAGCUCUGCUUCCGUCAAUGGGAGAAGGCAUAUUGUUACAUUUCUGUGCUUCAAUGAUCUCCGGCCUGGUGACAAGUGCUGCUUCUUUGCCUGUUGAUAUCGUCAAAACAAGAGUGCAGAACGCAGCUAAAGGCACAGGUCAAGUGACAGUGCUCCUGAGCAUUAUCAAGAACGAGGGUGUGUUCGCUUUGUGGAGAGGUUUCUUGCCGACAUACGCCAAGAUUGGACCACACACUGUCUUAACAUUUAUAUUCAUGGAACAACUCAACUCUUUGUAUUUCAAAAUGGCUUGA